GUCGCCGAAGUCUUGCGGCUUACGUGUUUGUUUUCCUCUCGCAUAUUAUUAAAAUGUGGUGGGAGCUGUUAACUCCGCGCCUUACGGGCCGUGCACCAGUCCUCGCUUUCUAAUCGCGCCGUUCGCACCUGGUGAAGUGACACAAUGUCUUUCGAAACACUCGAGGAAUUGUUAAAGUGCCACGGCCAGGAUCAACUUAUCAAGUUUUGGCCGGAACUCGAUGAAAAUGAAAGGGAACUACUAUCCGGGGAGAUACUGAAGUUAGAUUUGGCCGAAGUCAACGAGAUCUUCCGUCGGGCAAACGAAACCACGAAAGUUAUUCUAGAAAAAUCGGGUGAUGAUUUGAAACCCAUACCCCAGAGUCAUUACGAGUCAGUGCCGAGUUUGACGGCAUCUAAAGUGCAGGAGUAUGAAAAUAUUGGCCUAGAAGAGAUCUCUGAAGGUAGAGUUGGCGUUUUGCUUCUAGCCGGAGGGCAGGCGACUAGACUUGGUUUCGGGCACCCCAAGGGAAUGUAUGAUGUUGGUUUACCAUCAAAGAAAACUUUAUUUCAAAUUCAAGCUGAAAGGAUAGUGAGAGUGCAGGAGUUGGCUGCAGAGAAACAUGGCAAAGAAGGUAGAAUCACUUGGUAUAUUAUGACUUCGGAACAUACUAAGGCACCAACAGCAGAGUUUUUCAAAAACCAUGAUUACUUCGGCCUCAGGGAAGAGGAUAUUGUGUUCUUUGAACAGGGUCGGUUACCAUGCUUUGAUUUUGAUGGAAAAAUUAUUUUAGAGGGGAAACACCACUUGUCUUCCGCUCCCGAUGGUAAUGGAGGAUUAUAUCGUGCAUUGAAAAGACAAGGCAUUCUUAAGGACAUUGGUAAGAGAAAUGUUAAACAUUUGCAUGCCCAUUCGGUUGAUAAUAUACUUAUUAAGGUAGCAGAUCCGGUCUUUAUUGGAUACUGUAAAAGUAAAAAUGCAGAUUGUGCUGCAAAAGUUGUUCAGAAGUCUACUCCGAGCGAAGCUGUUGGUGUAGUUUGCAGAGUGAACGGCCACUAUAAAGUAGUUGAGUAUUCUGAAAUGACAGAGGAAGCAACGAACCGUAGAAACUCCGACGGUCGUCUCACAUUCUCAGCUGGGAACAUUUGCAACCACUAUUUCUCGUCUGAAUUCCUUUCAAAAAUCUGCGAUUUCGAAUCCAAACUGAAGUUGCAUGUUGCAAAGAAGAAAAUUCCUUAUGUUGAUGAUAAUGGUGUUAAACAAAAACCAUCAGAACCUAACGGUAUUAAAAUGGAGAAGUUCAUAUUUGAUGUGUUUGAGUUUGCUGAGAACUUUAUUUGCUUGGAAGUAGCUAGGGAUGUGGAAUUUUCUGCAUUGAAAAAUGCUGAUGCAGCUAAGAAGGACUGCCCGUCGACCGCCCGUGAAGAUUUGUUGAGACUACAUAGAAAAUAUAUUAGGGAAGCAGGUGGUGAGAUCGGAGAUAAUAUUGACGUUGAGAUAUCACCGUUGUUGUCGUACGGAGGAGAAAACUUGGAGGAACUUGUCAAAGGAGAGGUUUUCACCAUUUCGCCAUUCCAUUUGCACAGCAUAAGAGAAUCUGCCACCAACGGAAUCAAUGGUAAACACUGAAAUUCUUUUGCAAAGAAUUUCCCAAAAUUGUGAUACUUUUAUGAUGCAUGCU